AUGGCUCCACCGCUCCAGAUCAAGGGAUACACCGUUUUCCCCGUCGUUUUCGACGCCACCACACACACCAAGAAGACUCUGCACUACAUGUUUGUGAAAAAACAUGUCACCAAGUCGUCGCCAGAGUCGCAGUCCCGGUCUCUGUUCAUAGUCAAUAUACCCGUCGGCACCACUGUGAAGGCUGUGCGAAGCGUCUUCAGCACGAUCGCCAUGGGCGCCAUUGUGGAGUCGCUGGCUGUGAACGAGCACUACAGUGAGCGCAACAUGAUAAAUUACGACUACGAGAUCAAUCUCACCAGGCUCACCAACGAGGAGAUGACGCACGAGGAAGAGCACCCUCCGAUCCCUGUCGGGUGCGCUGUCGUGACGUUUGUGGAUAAAAAUGCACUGAAUUUGGCCCUUGGAGCGAUCAAGAAACUCGUGAAUGCCUCGAAUCCAAAGUAUCCUGUGUGGAAGUCAGAUCUUGUCACUGGCCAUAAACGGUACACCGCGUCUAGAAAACUGGACUCGGAGCAGCUGGCGGCCCAGGUGGCACAGGCGAUGUCUGAUUUCCAGCAGCGCGAGCAGCAGCUCAAGGAAGAGCUCACUAAUAUGCAAUCGACGGUGGACGAGGACGGGUUCACGCUGGUGGUUGGAUCGCACAGAAAAACGAAAAACGGCAUUUUGGGGUCGCUGAAACGCGCUGCAGACCUUGAGCAGGACGAGAAGGUGGUGAAAAAGAUGAAGAAGAAGGAGAAACAGGACUUCUACAGGUUCCAGAUCAGAGAGCGCAAAAAGCAGGAGAUGAACGAUCUGCUCAACAAGUUUAAAGAGGACCAGGAACGCGUGCGCCAGAUGAAGCAAAAACGGCAGUUCAAGCCUUUCUAG